AUGCAUCGAUCUUACUAUCCUAUUCUUCCAUCCCAAAACAAGUUUCUCCAAAAGAGGUGGGACGAUAAAUAUUACAGUGAACAUGUGAAAAAGGUUCGAGAUGCAGCUCCAGUUGUCGACACCAGACCUCCAGCCACGUUCUUGCACCUUCACCUCAGACUCAAGAAAUUACAGCUUGAAGAAGAGCGACUGUCUACAAUUGAGAGAGAUAACAGACUUCUUCUUGAGAAAAUGUCUUAUAUCAUGAGGACCAGAGGCAGAGUUGACAACAGAAACAACUACAUGAACAAAAGCCUCAACCUUGAAAAAAGAAAGCGUGAGCUCCUGCGAGUAACCAAAGAAAACCAGCUGAUCCUGUAUCGUAUCAACAUGAGGAAACCGGAAUACAACCAUCAGAAGUGGCAGCUUGAAUGGGAAAAGAACCAGAAGUUCAUGGACAACAUUUCAGCGUAUCCGGUUGACUGGUGGAUCAAGGAAAAGAAGACGCCCCGAAGUGGGAAAUCAGGCAGAAAAUCAGCACAUGAAACACAAGAAGACAAAACAAAGAAAGAAACAAAACAGAAGGAUGAGAAUGCGGAAAAGGAAGUUGAAGAACAAAAAACAAAUAUCAAAACAGAACAAGAAACUGAGAAGGAUACGAGACAAAAAGAUGAGAAGAAGAAAAAGAAGAAGAAGGAAGCAAGCAAAAUUAAAGAUGAGGUCAAAGUUAAAGAACAACUUCAGGUACCAGUAGAAGAUGACGCUAGGGUAGAUGAAAAAUAG